AUGUCCAUCUUCAAUUUAACAAAUAUUUACUCAAAUAAUUUAAUUAGACAACAAUUAAUAUUUUUAUUUUUUAUUACAAUUAUUUUUAAUUUAUUUAAUUUAACAUUUUCUCUAACAAAUGAAUGGGUAUUUAAACAAACUUUUAAUAAUGAGGAGGAAUUAAAACAACAAAAUGGACAAGAAAGAAAAGAUUUUACUGGAUUUAAACUUCUCCGUCUAAAUCCACGUACAGAAAAACAAUUAAAUUGGCUUAGAGAAUUAUAUUCGAGUGAUACAAAUUCUGCCCCUCCUUUUUUUAAUUUAGAUUUUUGGCAGCCGCCAACAAAUAUCGGAGCUUUAGUUGAUUUAACUGUAUCUCCUAUAGAUGCUCCAGCAUUUUUUGGAGAAUUGAGGCAUAGAGAAUUGGAUUAUUUGGUUAUUGCUGAUAAUCUUGAAGAGUUUAGAAUUAUUAUUUUAAAUAUUUUUGGCAUUAAUGAAUGGAAGGGAGGGAGUAUCGAGGUUAUAGCUAUUUUUCUUCUUUAG